AUGUCUGCUUCUUCUUCUUUUCAUUCUCUUGACAACCUCUCCCUGGCGGAUCGAGUGCUCUUUAAUAAAUUCAGCAAAGGCCCUAGCCAAUCCAUUCCCUACAAUGUUGUUCACCACGCCUUUGAGGCCGCUGCGCUGGCGCAUCCCGAGGUCACUGCCGUUCGACACUACGAUGGCACCACCAUCACAUACCGCGAGCUCAAUCGCCGAGCAAACAUGCUUGCCAACGUGUUGCGAGAUACCUUUGGUCUGAAAGUUGGCGAUCGUGUUGUUCUUGUUUACUCGCGGUGCAUCGAAAUGGUUGUCUUUAUCCUUGCCGUCCUCAAGGCCGGUGGACAGUACAUCCCCCUGGACGGAGGCAUUGUUACUGAUGACACACUGGGCUUCGACAUUGUGGACUCCAAUGCCCCGGUCGUCAUCUGUCUCCCCAAGUUCCGCGAAAAGGUGGUGCGCAGUAUCCCUCGUCAACGCCAGGGCUUGGUUGAUGUUAUUGAUGUCGAUCAAAACUCAAGACUCUGGCGACAAGGCAACUCGGCGCACCCAAUGGUCGAUGUUGGUCCCGACCACGGAGCGUAUGUCAUCUACACGUCAGGCACCACUGGACGACCCAAGGGUGUCGAUGUUCGUCAUGGGGGCGUUACCAAUACACUCCUUGCUGAGCCUUCUCGCCUGGGUAUUACCGUCGGCAGCAAUGUGGCGCAACAACUGAACGUCGCUUUCGACAUGUGCGCAUGGGAGAUUUUAGGUACCAUGAUGAACGGCGGCACUCUCCACAUCCGAGGCAGUGGCCUCGAACCAUGGACCGACUGCCUACGACGAGUCGACACAGUCAUCGCAACCCCCUCCGUCGUCCUCAAGUACAUGCCCCGAGUCGAAGAUUUCCCAAAUGUCAAGACCAUCGCAGUUGGAGGAGAGCCUUGCCCCUUGGCCCUUGCUGAGAAGUGGGCGCCAUAUGUCAAGUUCUGGAACGUCUGUGGCCCUACAGAGAUCAGCAUCCUCAACACUGCCCAUCUGCACCGGCCAGGCAGGACACUCUCGAUCGGCAAGCCCAAUCCGAACACAAAUGUCUACAUCUUGGAUGACGAUGAGAAUCCCGUCAAGAUCGGAGAGCCAGGCAUUAUGUGGGCUGGAGGUGAUGGAGUUUCGCGAGGAUACCUUGGUCUGCCGGACCUGACGAAGACUCGGUACAAGCCGGACAAGUUCACUAAAGACGGCCGUAUGAUGUUCAACACCGGUGAUCUCGCUCGAUGGCUUGAAGAUGGCAGUCUCCUACCCCUCGGCCGAAAGGACGACCAAGUCAAAAUUCAGGGCUUCCGAGUCGAACUCGACGGAGUCUCUCGCUCCAUCGAAACAGCCCCUUCUGUCAUCAAGGGCUGUGCCCUCAAGAUCGAAGACAAACUUUGGGGUUUCUACUCUGCCCACGCAAGGAUCGAUGAGAGUGAGCUCAAAAGGGCCGUGAGCAUCAGCCAGCCCUUCUAUGCCGUCCCAACCGUUUGGAAGCACUUGCCUACUCUGGAGCUCACCCCCAAUGGCAAAGUCGACAAGAGGGCUUUGUACAAAGUCGCCUCAGAGAGUGAAGAUGUACCGCCUGAAGUCCCGGCCAAGAAGCCCCGUCCAGAGACCAUGUGGCCAUCACCACCUCGGAAUAUUAUCAUCGACGUCACCGAAGUCGAAUCCGAAGAAGACGCGUUGCCAGCCAAGAAUGGCUUCCAUGGAUGGCGCUGGUUACGCCAUCGUGCUCUGUCAGCUUAUCGCAAGCUUUUCGGGUUCAUCUUUAUCGCAAACCUCGUCGUACUCAUUUUUCUUUUGUAUGAAAGCCGCAACACCAAUUUCUCGCCACAGGCUUCUCACUUGGCUACAGCCGUGGCCGCCAACCUUCUCAUCGCUGUCCUUGUUCGUCAAGACUACGUUGUCAACGCCAUCUUCUUCCUCUGCUCUCGACUACCAACCUCCUUACCGCUAAGCAUUAGACGGCAUUUUGCGCGUGUCUAUCACAAUGGCGGAGUUCAUUCAGGCUGUGCUGUUUCUGCGACGGCAUGGUGGGUCAUGUUUACUGCCACUUCAAGCCGCGAUUUCAUUGCUCUGGAGAACCCACCACCCAUCAAAGCGUUCGUCCUCGCGUUGACCUAUGUCAUCAUGGCUACUCUUUCCUUUAUCUUGGUUAUGGCAUAUCCUUCUAUACGUAUGAAGAUGCACGACCAGUUCGAAUGGGCACAUCGCUUCGUUGGAUGGUUCACCGUGGCCCUUGUCUGGACUCAUGUUGUUGCAUCGACAAUAUCAAACACACCAGGGCCCGUGGGACCAGCUCUUGCCAAGUCUCCUACCAUCUACCUGGUAGCACUGACAACUCUCAGCAUUGCAUUGCCGUGGGUAAGGCUCCGUCGCGUCAAGGUCGUCCCUGAGCCCCUGUCGAAGCACGCUGUUCGUCUCCAUUUCGACUUUUGCACUCCCGGACCGUGCACCUCACGAGGUGUACGCAUCACCGACCGACCUUUGGUUGAAUGGCACGCAUUCGCUGCUAUUCCUGAGCCUCAUGGAAAGGGCUUCUCCAUCGUCGUCUCAAAGGCCGGUGACUGGACAAAACGCAUCAUCGAGAACCCUCCCACAUCGAUCUGGACUCGCGGCACCCCAGCUUCUGGUGUUCUCGCAGUCGCGCCAUUAUUCAAGAAGGUGGUCCUUGUUGCCACUGGCUCAGGAAUCGGACCUUGUUUGCCAGUCAUCAUGGAACGUCGCGUACCUUGCCGUGUAGUCUGGUCAACGAAGAACCCACUUGCAACAUACGGACAAGGGAUUCUCGACACGAUUCUAUCUUGUGACCCGGAUGCUCUUAUCUGGAAUACUGAUGAAAGGGGACGGCCAGACAUGACCAAGUUGGCGUAUCAGGUCUACAAGGAGAGUGGUGCUGAGUGUGUGUGCAUCAUCUCCAACAGGAGCACAACAGCCAAGGUGGUGUAUCAGCUGGAGAGCCGUGGCAUCGCUGCCUAUGGUCCGAUCUUGGACUCGUAA